AUGACGCACACCGGUAGGUUCCUUCUCGUGGUGGCGGUCCUGGCCCUUGCUCUAGCUACUACCUGCAGCGCGGCCAGUUACCAGGUCCAAAUCGAUCUGGACCCUGUCACCUUGACCGAACUGCACGAAUCGCAGCAGGCCAUUCUGCUGGCCCAGCAGGCCCCGCCAGGCUGCUGGAGCACCGUGUGGGCCGCGGUUACCAGCCCCUUCAUCCACAACUACCUCUCCUGGAACGAGACGAGGGGCAUUUCGAUCUACGCCAGCGUCACCACGUUGGCCGAGGGCCGCCAGAUCUUCAUGGGCAACUGGCGCAACCACGUCGACCUGGGCUUCCUCUACGGCUUUCACGACGGAUUGUUCGACACUCGCCAGCCUCGCGAUUGGCUGGCCCAGAACGAGCUGGCCGUCUUCAACAACGACACGGGCGCGCUCGCGUUCGGUCUGGCCCAAGACAUCCAGGUCAACAACCGAUGGACCGUCAUGCCCCCACUGUUCGCCUGCGAGAUGAUUGGAGACGAGUACGAGGUCUUCCCGUCGAGCACCAGCUUCUACAUCUUCAUCGGCGCCCGCACUGCGCCCGGCACCAUGACCCAGAACCUGAAGCGCGUGGCCCGCUCCCAGAUGACCCUGGUCACCUUCAACGACUCCACCGACAAGGUCCUCCUCUCGUGGGACCGGGACAGUGGUCGCUUCAUCGUCGGUGGCUUCUAG